AUGGAAAGUAAAGAGGUGUUGUGUGCCUAUUGCAAAAGGCAAGAAAAAACCGAAUCAGCAAUAUACUGGUGCGCGGAGUGCUCUGACAACUUGUGUGAAAAGUGUGUCAAGUUUCAUGAGGUCAACAGACUAACUAUGGAACACAAGGUGUGUAGUAUUGAGGCCCAAAAUCAUUCUGAUUCAUUCAGUUCUGUGUUAUUUUGUAAGCAACACAGCAGCAGGAAACUGGAAGUUUACUGCUUUGAUCACGAGGAACCUUGUUGUCUGAUGUGCGCCACUGUAUCACACAGAAAGUGUGAAAAGGUCAGCAGUUUGGACGAAUGUUCCUUAGAUUCUGAUGAAAAGGUAGAAAGACUGAAAACAGAAUUCGGCGAACUUAAAAUAAAAUGCGAAUCAGAGGUAGCCCGCGUAGAAGGCGACAAGGAGAAUUUCAAGAAAGAAUCCAAAAUCAUAGAGGCCAGAGUUAAAGGUUUGACUGAAGAGAUAAUACAGACAUUGAGAGACAAAGAAAAGGAUGCCCUUAAUAACCUGGCAAAAACUGAGAAGGAACAGACACUGGUAUUACAGACAAAGCUUGAAGGGUUACAGACUGUUCAAGAGAAGCUGGAACGAAGUAUUAAACUGCUUCAACAUUCUGAAAGAUUCAGCAAGAUUGCACUAUUUUUGGAGAUCAAAAAGAUGGAAAAAGAUAUAUCGGAUAUCGAUUUACAAAUCAAAGUCCUAGUAAAAAGUUACAAUACACCAGUUUUAAACUUGAGUGUUAAUGAGUUUGAACAUAAUUUUCAGUCAUCAUUAAAUUCACUUUGUGAAAUGACGGUUAAAUUGAAGACCAUUCGCGUUGACUAUCGUUCUGCAAAACUUAUGUUAGAAAAAUCACUGAAUGUUCAAGGAAGCUCUUGUCUAACGGAUAUUGAGAUUAUUAAUGGUACUCAUUUGAUAACAGCAUGUCAGACGCAGAAGAUGGUAUAUUUCUUGGAUGCGCGUGGUGCAUUGUUGGCAUCAACUCAACUUCCUGGCACUCCCUGGGGUAUAGCAGCUCUCCGAAAUCAUCAAUUUCAAUUCUGUGUCGCAAUGCGAGACCCCAAUCUCAUUGGUAUAUUCAAAGUAAAUAUUACAGAUGGUUGCAUUGUACGUUGCAAAGAAUUAAAACUGUCCCAUAAUGCAUGGGGUAUUUGUACAGUUAAUAAUAAAAUUAUUGUUUCCUUAGUGGAAAGGCAAACUACACAAUUAUUUAAAGUCUAUGAUGAAGAAGGAAAUUACAUCGUAGAACACCACUCGUAUGGUUAUUCAAGAUGUAACGGAACCCAUGCGAUUUCAGACAGAUAUUUACUAUACACCAUUCACUCUGACAACUCUGUUUAUUCAACAGACCUAAGUAGUACUGAAGCUUCAACGAAAUUAUAUCAAUCUUCAGAGAUGAGUCAUCCAAUAGGUAUUACAAGUGAUCCCGAGGGAAAUUUGUACGUUGCAUGUUAUGGGUCUCAUAACGUCUUUCAGCUGGAUCCUCACGGAAAAUUCAUCAGAAAGAUUAUUCAAGACGACUCAGCCGUCCAAGGUCCAUACGGCAUCCGUGUGACAAUUUUUGAUGGUGGAUUCAAACUGUUGUUGACUUCUUUGGGAAAGAUUCUGAUCUAUAACUUCAGUGAACUAUGA